AACAUCAUAACUGUGCCUCGCAAGUCAACCAGAGAGCACCGAACUAGUAUUCAGGGUUCAGAUUGUUGUACAUUGAGCUGUUUUAAGUGCUCCUGCUCUGGCCCCUCCAGCUACCUCACCGCUGAAACAUUUUAUUUACCGGGUCUGUGUUUGGAAUCCACCCUGGAGGGACAGACGAGAAAUACCGGAGGGAAGAACACGAAUUUACGCUCCUGUACUGAAACUGGACAGCCAUGGGAGCUGUUCUGGGGGCCUUUUCCUUCGCAAGUUGGGUGCCAUGCCUGUGCAGCAGUGCAACCUGUCUGAUGUGUAGCUGCUGUCCUAGCAGCAGAAACUCCACUGUGACCAGGAUCAUCUAUGCCUUCACUUUACUGCUUGGGACCAUCGUCGCUUGCAUCAUGUUGUCACCAGGUGUGGAUGAGCAGCUCAAAAGGAUCCCAGGCUUCUGUAAAGAAGGGGCAGGCUCUUCUAUCCCCGGCUUACGGGCUGAUGUCAACUGUGAAAUGUUUGUGGGCUACAAGGCAGUGUACCGUGUCUGCUUUGGCAUGAGCAUGUGGUUCCUGGGAUUUUCCAUUCUUAUGAUCAACAUCAAGAACAGCAGAGACCCCCGUGCUGCCAUCCACAAUGGAUUUUGGUUCUUUAAGUUUGCUGCCUUGGUGGCAGUUACAGUCGGUGCCUUUUACAUUCCAGAUGGGCCUUUUACCUACACAUGGUUUGUGGUGGGCUCUGGUGGAGCUUUCUUUUUCAUUCUGAUCCAGCUGGUGCUGCUGGUGGACUUUGCCCACUCCUGGAAUGAGUCCUGGGUAGACAAGAUGGAGACUGGCAACUCCAGGGGCUGGUAUGCAGCUUUGCUGGUGGUAACAAUCCUCGGCUACAUCCUGUCAUUUACUGCUGUCGUGCUGUUCUUCAUCUUCUACACCAAGCCUGAUGGAUGCUUCAUCAACAAGUUCUUCAUCAGCUUCAACAUGCUGUUCUGCAUUGUGGCCUCUGUGGUCUCUGUACUGCACAAAGUACAGGAGUCUCAGCCACGUUCAGGUCUUCUACAGUCCUCCAUCAUCACCCUGUACACCAUGUUUCUGACCUGGUCUGCCAUGACCAAUGAGCCUGACCGAGCUUGUAACCCCAGCCUGCUGAGUAUCUUCCAGCAGAUCGCAGCCCCCACACUGGCCCCUAUGGAGAUGGAGAACCAGACAGCUGUAGUGAUCAUUGGUACAGAGGAACCUGUCCUGACGUCCCCGUACCUGCAGUGGUGGGACGCCCAGAGCAUCGUGGGGCUUGUCAUAUUUGUCCUGUGCAUCCUUUACUCCAGCAUUCGUUCAUCCAGCACCAGUCAAGUGAACAAGCUGACCAUGGCCUCCAAAGAUUCAGCCAUCUUGGCUGAGGGCGGCAGCAGCCCCGACUUAUCAGAGGAGUCGACAGGGCCCAGGCGGGUGGAGGACAAUGAGCGGGACCUGGUUCAGUACAGCUACUCCUUCUUCCACUUCAUGCUCUUCUUGGCUUCGCUCUACAUCAUGAUGACCCUCACCAACUGGUAUAGUUUCCCUGACAGCCCUGAUGCAGACUACACCAUAACUAGCAAGUGGCCAGCAGUGUGGGUGAAGAUCACCUCCAGUUGGUUGUGUUUGGCCCUGUACAUCUGGACCCUGGUGGCCCCCAUGAUCCUCACCAACCGAGACUUCAGCUGAUCAACAACUCCGAUUUAUCCUCUACCAACCUCUUCUCUUCUUUCUUUUACAGAGACUUGGGCCAUAUUGCCUAUAUUCUGUAUUACUGUCAGAAUAUACUCACUUUUAUACUUUUAGCUGGAGUUUCAUUUUAUUAUUUCUGGUUUCAGUUAACUGAAAAAAUUGGGUCUGGUUCAGAGGUGCCAUAACAGGUGCUUCAGGUACAGGUAAUUAUUGGAUUGCUUUUAUACCAGUCAGUAGCAGCUGCUCAUUAAUUACACUUCCAUGACAAUCACGUAUUUUGUAUUGAGGCUCUUAACACACCUUGAAGAAAAGCAUUCCAUUUUUAAUUUUUUUUAAUUUAAGCUGUAGCAACAACAAAGAUUGUUCAGAUGAAAUCAAAUACAUUUUUUUUUCACUGCUUAAAAAUAUGAAUGUUCCAUUUCAGUAUUACGACCAUCCUCAUUCAAGUAUUAAUAAUGAUGGUUGGUUUGUGAAUUGCAUACAGUAGUAAGCUGAUAUAGUUUGCUGCUGUGCCUUCCUAUGCCUUAUAAGUCUGUAAAAGGUUUGAGAUAUUUGGAUAUACUGAGAGUAAUAAGUACAUGAGUGUAUUAAACCAUAGCUGAUAAACAUGAGAAAUUUCGGUAAUAUGACUGAAUAAUAAAAUAAUAUGUAUUUAAAUUUCUGCCAAAUAUUUCUGAUCAAUGUAAAGGUGUCUCAAGAUGUGAAAGUUGAUUUUCGGUUUAUAAAAUCAACCCAUACAGUGACAGAAUGUCACUAAACACACAGAUACAAUCCAAAUAUUUGGUUCUAGCUAAUAUGGGUGAUGAUUUUUUAUUUUCUGUGCAUCACUGUAUGACAAAUAGCAUGGAAAAGCUUUAAUAUUUUCUCUGAUUUUGCUUGUGAUGAAUGUUAUCUUUUCUAAUCCAAAAAAAGUCCGUUGUAAGAAAUGUCGCUGUUAAUUGAAUGUAUAAAUAUGUUUUAGAAUAUGAAUCAAACUGGAUUUAUAUGAGUCACCAACACUGGACAAAUGCCUUCUAAGUCAGCAUGAUUUGCUGUCGUUAUUGUGUGUUACUUGCAGGAUGCGAGGUCUCAGGAAUGCUUCUGCAGCAAAGAAAUGAGCUAGUUCAUCAUGCACCAUGUUUAUCAGAGCAUUAUUUUAUGUGUUCAAUAAUGAAAUGUAAUCAUUGUUGCCUGUUAAAACAGUUAUUAUCAAGUGAUACUUUCAAUCAAACUAGUUCUCAUCAAAACAGAAUGCAGUGUAUGUUUCCUUAUAUUCAGACAAAAGUGAUUAAAAUAUUUGAACAAAGACGUAUUAAUAAGUGCACAAAACAGUCAGCUAUUGUAAUUAUAUCAUAUGGAAGAAUAUAUUAAACCACAAUUCAUAAAACUAACUUUACAUUUAAAAAAUGCAUUUUCCAGUAAUUAACCUUUGAACACAAUUUGAACAGUAAUAUUAGAUGUCUGUAUUCUGAAAAUUAAUGAUAUUUUCUUUUACAAUUUUGUGUGUGUAUGUGUUAUUUGUAAAUAAAAGAAUUUAAUAAGGCAGUUUGGCUUUUUGCGAGGCUGUCUGUACAUCGAACUUUGUGAUUUAGAGCGAUCGUGCAAAUACUCUAAAGAAUAAAG